AAAAGUCCUGAAGUUUGGAUGAAAAACCAACCUGUUGACAAGGACUCUGCAGUUUUGUCACUUAACCGCUCAGUGCUGAAAAUUGAAUCUCAAAGCGGGAAGCCAAUAAUCAUGUAUUCUCCACCAAAAGCUAUCUACAACACUAAGGCCACUUUGUUGGACACACGCAACUUUGUGCUUCAACAACUUCACCCUAAUGGAACAAACACUCUCUUGUGGCAAAGUUUUGAUUAUCCCACUGACACUUUGCUCCCCACCCAGAAGUUAGGUGUUAAUCACAAAACAAGCCAUCGUUGGUUAGUGGUUUCAGGGUUUACCAAUGCACUUCCCUCUCCCGGUGCCUUUAGCCUUGAAUGGGAACACGUUGAACAAGAAUUGAUCAUAAGGAGACGGGGAAAAGUUUGUUGGCGAAGUGGGAAACUGAGGAACAAUAGAUUUGAGUACAUUUCAGAGGAUGCGCAACGCAGGUUGAAGUACACCCUUGUGUCUAACAGGGACGAAAACUCCUUCUCUUUCACAACUGCAAAAAAUGAAGACCCUGUUCGAAGGUGAACGUUAUCAAAUAUUGGGCAGAUAUUUGAUGGUGAAGUAUAUGUUGCAAGGGCUGAUUUGUGUUAUGGAUAUAACAACACUGACGGAGUAUAUGUUGCAAGGGCUGAUUUGUGUUAUGGAUAUAACAAUACUGACGGAGGUUGCCAAAGAUGGCAGGAUAUACCCAAGUGUAGGAAUCCUGGUGAUGUAUUUCAGAAACAUACUGGUUUCAUCAGAUUUAACAAUGUAAACGCUGAAGAAAAUAUAAGUUAUGGUCACAGUGAUUGUGAGGCCAGUUGCUAGAGCAAUUGUACUUGCAUUGGAUUCAUGGAUUUUAACCCAAAUGAAACUGGAUGUAUAUUCUUUCACUUGAUUUCAGCAGAAAAUUUUACUUAUAACCGUACAGGUUACGAAUUAUACUUGCUAGUGAACACGUUGUCUCUUCAUAAGGGUACAAAAAAGUGGACAUGGAUAGUUGCAGUAGCAGCAGCAGCUCUACUUGCAAUUUGUCUAUUGACUAUUUGUCUAGCCUUAAAGAAGAGAAAAUAUGUGUUUCAAGAGAAGAAGAGUCGAAGGAAGGUGACGAAGAUGGCAUACUUGGCAACUUAUAGUCGGUCAUCUGCAAUGGAAGAUUUUGAAGAUGAUUUAAAAAAGGGACAUGGCCUAACAGUGUUUAAUUAUACAUCAGUUAUGGAAGCAACAAACGGAUUUUCAUCGGAGAAUAAGUUAGGACAAGGAGGCUUUGGACCUGUUUAUAAGGGAAUUCUUCCAACAGGGCAACAGAUUGCUGUAAAAAGACUUUCAAAAACAUUUGGACAAGGAAUUGUGGAGUUUAAGAAUGAACUAACACUAAUAUGUGAACUUCAACACAUGAAUCUUGUACAACUACUUGGUUGUUGCAUUUAUGAAGAAGAGAAGAUUCUAAUUUACGAGUACAUGCCUAAUAAAAGUUUGGAUUUCUAUCUAUUCGAUGGUACAAGAGGCAAAUUACUAGAUUGGAAGAAGCGCUUCAAAAUAAUAGAAGGAAUUUCUCAAGGAUUACUUUAUCUUCACAAGUAUUCAAGACUCAAAGUCAUUCACAGAGACAUGAAAGCUAGCAACAUUCUUUUAAAUGAAAACACGAAUCCAAAAAUUUCAGAUUUUGGAAUGGCGAGAAUAUUCACACAACAUGAAUCAGCCUCAAAUACCAACAGAAUUGUUGGAACACAUGGUUACAUGUCUCCAGAAUAUAUGAUGGAAGGAGCUUUCUCUACAAAGUCUGAUGUAUAUAGUUUUGGAGUGUUGUUACUUGAAAUUGUUAGUGGAAGAAGAAGCCUUGGUUGUUAUGAUGUUGAUCGGCCAUUAAAUCUAAUAGGACAUACAUGGGAGUUAUGGAAAGAAGGUGCAUGUUCUGAGUUAGUUGAUCCAUCAAUAAAGGAGUCUAUUGAUCCUGAUGAAGUACAAAGAUGCAUUCAUAUUGGUCUGCUGUGUGUAGAACAUUAUGCAGAUGAUCGACCCACCAUGUCUGAGAUUGUAUCAAUGUUGACAAACAAAAGUGCAAUAGUUUCCUUACCUCAAACACCAGCAUUCUAUGUCGGAAAAAAGAUCCUUCAUGAAAAUUUAUCUUCAAAGGGGUCUUGUACUGAUUCUACAGUAAAAAUUACAGCUUCUACAAUAGACAUGACUGAUUCCUAA